GGCCGGGCCGCGGGCAGGGCUGCACCAGAGCGGCUCUCUCUGAAGUGAGCUCACGCUCACACUUGGACUUUUGGUCCGGGCUGUGCUGAGCUGGCCGCAGCCUGGCGGGGACAUUCGCGGCCGCCCGGGAAGCGCGCCGGACCCCUCCUGCCCGCAGCCACCAUGCCCACGGUGGACGAGGUGCUCGCGCACGUCGGGGAAUUCAACCUCUUCCAGAAGCAAACGUUCCUCCUCCUCGCUCUGCUCUCGGCCUCGUUCCCCCCCAUCUACGUGGGCAUCGUCUUCCUGGGCCUCACCCCCGAGCACCGCUGCCGGAGCCCGGGCGUGGCCCAGCUGAGCCAGCGCUGCGGCUGGAGCCUGGCCGAGGAGCUGAACCUCACUGUGCCCGGCCCGGGGCCCGCGGGCGAGGCCUUCCCCCGCCAGUGCCUCAGCUAUGAGGUGGACUGGAACCGGAGCGGCCUGGACUGCGUGGACCCGCUGGCCGGCCUGGCCGCCAACAGGAGCCUCCUGCCGCUGGGCCCCUGCGGGCACGGCUGGGUGUACGACACGCCCGGCUCCUCCAUCGUGACCGAGUUUGACCUGGUGUGUGCCAACUCCUGGAUGCUGGACCUCGUUCAGGCAGCCGUGAACGUGGGAUUCUUCGUCGGUUCCAUGGGGAUCGGCUACAUAGCAGACAGGUUCGGCCGCAAGCUCUGCCUCCUGCUCACCAUCCUCAUCAACGCUACGUCGGGAGUUCUCAUGGCCGUUGCCCCGACCUACCCCUGGGUGCUACUGUUCCGCCUGGUCCAAGGGCUGGUCAGCAAGGCCGGCUGGGUGAUCGGCUACAUCCUGAUGACGGAGUUCGUGGGGCUGAGCUACCGCAGGACCGUGGGGAUUGCGUACCAAGUCGCCUUCACCGUGGGGCUCCUGGUGCUCGCGGGGGCGGCCUACACGCUGCCCCACUGGCGGUGGCUGCAGUUCGCGGUGACCCUGCCCAACUUCUUCUUCCUGCUCUAUUAUUGGUGCGUGCCCGAGUCGCCGAGGUGGCUGCUCUCCCAGAACAGACACGCCGAGGCCAUGCAGGUGAUGAGGCACAUCUCCAGGAAGAACGGCAAGGCCACGCCCACGGCGCUCCAGUGCCUCAGACCCGAUGAGGAAGUCGGCGAGAAGCUGAACGCUUCGUUCCUGGACCUGGUCCGAACCCCGCAGAUAAGGAAGCACACCUUGAUCCUGAUGUACAACUGGUUCACCAGCUCUGUCCUCUACCAGGGCCUCAUCAUGCACAUGGGCCUCGCGGGGAGCAAUGUCUACCUGGACUUCUUCUACUCCGCCCUGGUGGAGUUCCCAGCCGCCCUCCUCAUCGUCCUCACCAUUGACCGCAUUGGCCGCCGCUACCCCUGGGCUGGAUCCAACAUGGUGGCGGGGGCGGCCUGUCUGGCCUCGGUUUUUAUCCCUGAAGACCUGCAGUGGCUGCGAGUCACAGUCGCCUGCUUGGGCCGCAUGGGGAUCACAAUGGCCUACGAAAUGGUUUGUCUGGUCAACGCGGAGCUGUACCCCACGUUCAUCAGGAACCUCGGGGUCCUCGUCUGCUCCUCCAUGUGCGACAUUGGCGGCAUCCUCACGCCCUUCCUGGUGUACCGGCUCACCGGCAUCUGGCAGGAGCUCCCCCUGGUGAUUUUCGCGGCGGUUGGCUUGGUCGCCGGAGGGCUGGUGCUGCUGCUGCCAGAGACCAGAGGGCAGACUCUGCCGGAGACGAUCGAGGAGGUUGAGAACUUGCGGAGACCACGAAGAAACAAAGAAAAGAAGAUUUACCUCCCAGUCAAGAAACAAGACAUCCCACUAAACUGAGAGAGACCUGCGAUGGACUUGCUUUGACAACACCAGGCUGGAAUCAGACAGUCCUGCUCUCAUCCCAAAGCCCAGACACCUCACCCUUCCUUCUCUUUGAACCCCAUUAACCCAGACCUACGGCCCAGGGGGGCUGUUGCACGACGGUACCACAAUCCGCCUGUGGGACCAGAUCCUGCAACCCCCCAGCUCACCCCUCCCCAGCUGUCCUCGGACAAUGGCCUUGGGUUUGCGGGGAUUUUUAUUCCAUCUCCGUAUUCCUUAUUUUAUUCCAUUCUUCACAUGGACAUCAACUCAAGGCACAUAGGCGGGUUGUGAACCAGAUAAACAGAACAGAUCUAAAAAGCAAUAAAAUUGGGAGCAGAGAGCCUGUUUUCUUAAAGAAAGAAAACAUCCGAAGCAUAUCAAGCUGUCCGGAUAUACAUGUCAAGAACUUUAGCUUUUCGGUAUCGUAUGUAAAGAAGGGUCAAAACACAUUGGUUAUUGUCGGAAUUAGGCCUUAAGGGAACCUGAAGUACAGGGAUCGGGAACUGCCACCUGAGCAGCCACCACGGCCCAUGUGCAGAGCGGACAGUGCAAACAUGUGCUUCCUACAUGAGCCCUCAGAAGCCUUUGACAGGGGCAGCGUCUGUGUGGCCUCAUUAAACCACAGCUGAUACUGUCCAGUCCGACAAAAAUGUCCCUCAGUUGUUAGAUUUAAAAUGUUGUGCCCAUAUUUUACCAAAGGAAUGCAGUAAAGCUAAGACUACGAGGCCUCUACUGAAAAACAGACAUUACCCUCGUCUGCCUUCCCACUCCCCAGAGGUCAUUUUCAACAAGGUUAGCCGUCUUUUCCCUUUGAUGUAUCUUCAUGUAUCUAAAUAACUUACCUUAUGUUAACAUUUAUUGAUUCUUAAGUUUUAAUAAUCACCUAUGAGCUUUUAAAUGUAAACAAUGAAGAUUUCGCUCUUCUCACCUCUCCCCUUCUCCCCAACACACAACUUCUCUCUUCCCUUCCUUAACGCUUUAUCUCAUUUUUAUUAAAUCAAAUAGUCGACCUUCAUUCACAGCCUCAGGCCAUGGAAUGACUAUUAAAAGCUGGGCCACCUGGUGAA